AACAAGGAGCUUCUGGAAGGCCACUGGGGCCUGUGGACUAGGAGGCAGCUGCCAGCGGGAGGCAGGGUGGAGCCGGGUGGUGAGGACCCAGGCCCUCAGCUGGAAGGAGGGUGGGCUGGCCAGGACACUGCUGCUCCUGAGAUGAGAGGAGGGACCUCCGCCUUCUCUCCUGGCUCAAGCCCCAGUGUCCCAGGAGGUCAGACCGGCUGAGCGCAGGUCAUAGGCCUGCGGCUGCGCUGAGGACAGCCAUCGCCACGGUUACGUGCCCACCAAGGACCGAGGAGAAAAGGGCCUGGUUACCCAAAGGGGUGCAGGAGGGAGGGGUCACAGGUACGUCCCUCGCAGAGCUGUGAGCUGAGCCCGUCCAGGACUCCCUGCGGGUCGCCCGCCUGGCAGUCUGGUGGGCUCCCGCUGUGCCCCGCAGGUGGCCCGGUCUGUCUGAGCUUGGGCUGCUUCUCCUUCCAGGUUACACUAGGACGGGCUCCAUCUUUCUGGCCCAAACUCAGGACCGGCUCAUCUCCCUGAAGCGCAUCAGCUCGAGGCUGAAUGUCGUAGGCAUCCCCUGCGAGAUCGUCUCCCCCAGGAAAGUGGCCGAGCUGCACCCUCUGCUCAACGUGCACGACCUGGUGGGGGCCAUGCACGUCCCCGAGGACGCGGUGGUGUCCUCCGCCGACGUGGCGCUCGCCCUGGCCAGUGCCGCCUCCCAGAGCGGUGUUCAGAUCUAUGACCGGACAAGUAUUCUUCAUGUUAUGGUCAAAAGAGGUCAAGUCACCGGCGUGGAGACAGACAAAGGACAGAUCCAGUGCCAGUAUUUUGUCAACUGUGCUGGUCAGUGGGCGUACGAGCUGGGUCUGUGCAGCGAGGAGCCGGUUAGCAUCCCGUUACAUGCCUGCGAACACUUCUACCUUCUGACUCGCCCCUGGGAGACCCCGCUGCCGAGCAGCACGCCAAGUGAGGACUUGCACUUUGUUUUUACUCUUGUCUCCUCGCCCCUGCUCCGUCCUCUGCCAAGAAAGGCUUUCUGCUGA